AUGGCCGAACACGACAGAGUGACAACAGAUACUUCCUCGUGUCUUGGCAUCUCAUUGAUUGCAAUCAAUCGCCCUAAUAGGAAGAACGCCGUCGAUCCUUCGACUGCGAAGGCUCUUUACGAAGCCAUUCUUGUCUUUGAGAAUGACCUGAAACAAAAAGUGUGUGUCCUGACAGGUGCUGGCGGUAGUUUUUGCGCAGGAGCCGACCUCCACAGCGUUGCACAGGCAAACAACGAUACACCCGGCGACAACCUUCAACCUGUCGAUGGCCGCAACUUGGGGCCAAUGGGUCCCUCUAGACUCAUUAUAAAAAAGCCAGUCAUAUGUGCUAUUUCUGGAUAUGCCGUCGCAGGAGGCCUAGAGUUGAGCCUACUUGCAGAUAUGCGUGUGGUUGAAGAAGACACAGUCUUCGGUGUCUUUUGUCGACGCUGGGGUGUGCCUUUAAUCGAUGGAGGAACUGUCCGACUGCAAGCCAUUGUCGGGCUUGGUCGUGCCUUGGAUAUGAUAUUGACCGGUCGGCCCGUGAGCGCCCAGGAAGCGCUGGCUAUGGGACUGGCGAGCCGAGUGCUCAUCACGUUCCCUGAGCUAUGUCUCAACACAGAUCGCCAGUCAUGCUACUACAGUGCGUAUGAGGCAUCCUCAUUCCAGGAUGCGAUGUACCAGGAGUUCAAUGCUGGGAGCAAGGUGAUUUCGCAGGAAGCCAUAGCAGGCGCGACAAAGUUCAGCAAAGGUGCAGGACGGCACGGCAGCUUCAAGGGUCAUAGCAAUCUGUGA